AUGUCAAUCGGCUUCCCUCCUGCCUGGGAGGUGAUAACUCGUUGCCUUGUGAAUGCCAUCAGAGACACAUUCUCCGAUGAUGUUGUUCUUCGAGAAAGCUGCCAGAGCGCCCUGCAGGACUUCUUGGCUGUUAGGAGGUCACAUCAGGGGCAAGACCAAGGCUCCACGUCCGGCCGCGUGUCUCGUCGUACAACAUCCGAAUGGAUGUCUUGGGACAAGGUCAUCGAUGACAUUUGGGAGGACUUCCUCGCGGAGCUGCCUUCCAUCCCUGGCCGCCCCAGGUCCCGCUUCGUCAAGCCAUCAGGUCCCUCCGGAGCCGUCAUGUUGAUCGUAUGGCAUGUUCCUACGACGAACACCACGAAGUACAAGGAGUUUGGUGUGGUUGCUGACGGCUCAAACCCAUCCCUGAGAAACAUGGCAGUCAAGUUCGGCAUGGAGCCCAAGCUCGACCCCAUGAGCCAGAAGCUGAUGUGCAUGGAGCACGUUCCCAUCCGCUACUUCCAUGACCCCAAGCGCGGAAACAAGCUGCCAUACGAUGACCUCUCCCAAUCCGACAUGGACAUUCUGCUGCGUUACAAGCUCAAAUUCUGGAACGCUUCAAAGGCAUCGGUCGUCUUACUCCUUAGAAGGGAGAACACCCUGUGGUACAGGAAGACCUUCCCAGACUCGACCGCCGUCAAGCUCUCAGAAGAGGUCGUCUACGGCAAGCCCCUGGAGUUCUUCAUGGAGUGGGCACCAGAUGGCACCCUCAAGAGGUUGGUAUUCAGUAGCCUGCAUAUGAAGGCUUUCUUCUGGCCCACCGGCAAGAGGCUUUCAAACCUUUACGAUGCAAUCUGGAACAUGGCUGCAGGGAUCGCCAACUACCCGGUCGUUAACCUUAAGCUUUUCGUGCGUCUCUCCAAAGCCACGGAUAUGGAUUUUGACGACAACUCUGCCACAUUCGAAGCUUUGCAGAGCGGCACAAAGGGCCUUGGUUUCGAUGAGAAGCCUUGGGAGAUUGCUGUUCGGCUCCGUCGCGAAGAGAUCGAGCGUGAUGUACACCUUCCCCUGAACGCAUUACCUGACGUCCUGCAGAAGUGGUUGCAAUCCACAGGUGGUCUUGAUCUCCUUGCCCCUGAUAGCCCCGUCCGCCAGUGUCUCCGAAGAUUCGGUCGCAGAGCCUACGAGAAGCAGGUCGCUGAAGCCAAAGCCAAGGGUGAGGACUACCAGCCCCGAGGUCUCCUUUUGGGUCACAUGCUCAACGUUCUGUCGCACCACGCAUGUCUUGUCACAGCCAGGGCCAACUCAAUGUUGAAGGUCAAGGAGCGCGAUGCCCUGAAGACCCCUGAACAGCUGGCAUUUUACGAAAAGCAACGUGCACGCGCCCGUUCUAGGGACCGACGAAGAGAUGCUGGUGAGCCUCCCAGACGCCCAGGGGCUCCUGCAAAGUUCGCUACUGCAGAGGAGAGAGCCGAGAACAAGAAGGAGAACCUCAAGAAGCGUGAUCGACUGAAUAAGGAGCGGAGAAAGGCCGGUCUCGUCAACGUUGCCCCUAAGGGAUUCCCUUUCCGCACUGCAGAUGAGCCGAUCACCGAGGCCGAACUAGCCUAUCACGCCCGACAAGCUCUGAUCGCCAAAGGUCGACCUGACACUGACUUCGGUAUGGGCUUCACCUCAGAGACUCACGAAAGCAACAUAGGACAAGUGAGAUGGAAAAAGCUUGCACCUGGACGUAUACCCGAGCAGCCCGCACCCCCGCCCCUGUCUGCCUUCGACCGCGAGAAGAGACAGAGAAGAAGUGAGCAGGAUCGAAAGUACAGGGCACGUAGAGCAGCCGGUCAAGCUAUACCUCUACACAGACAAGGCCCUUCAGGGGCACCUGGCACUGGAGAAAACGGACUUCAGGCCUCCGACAGCAAUCGUACAAAUGGAGAUCUCCCCGAUCGUGCUGUCAGUCAAGGUUCAUCCCUGAGACUCUCAGGCGAGCUAAAGACAGCUCCAGCAGGCCCCAUGGUAUUGAUUGAGAAGGCUCGGAAGAUGUUGGCCGAAGGCACCCUGGUCCUCUCGUCGGAGCAACUCACAUCUGAGCAGCUUCUCGAACUUCGCAAGGCCCAAGAUGAGAAGACAAAGCAAAGCAAGAAGGAGAGCAUGCAGAAGCCGCAAGCCAAGAUCAAGAAAGCCGAACGUCAACGUCAAUACAGAGCACGCAAGAGUGCUGGUCUUGUCGGCAAGUCAGUGGCUGGCAAUGGUCGCAAAUUCUCCAUGGGUACGGCUUCUGUCGACGAUGGAGGUCAGGCUGAUGACGUCGAAAUGAUCGACCUGACCAAGGAUGACUGA